AGUACGUAUCCCUUUGAGUUCGACGCAAACGACGUCCUUCACUUACCACGCGCACGAAUAUUAAAUCAUAUCCCAGAUCACACUUAACUCCGACCAUUCUCUGAUAUUGAUGAUUCAACGUGAAAUCUAACAAAUCGCCCAUCAUGUCUUUCGAACCCGUCAUGCCUCCCUUUAACUCGAGCGAUCCAUCUGCCAACUUCCUCAGCUCCUCUUGUCUCGACUUUCUCCUUAUUGAGCUCGUUCCUAUGGCCUACCGCGUAACUCAUGAGCGAGAUUCUAUCGCAUCAGAAUCAAAUGGCGCACCCGCAGAUACCGCCUCAACUAGCCAUGCAGUCAGCUCCAGCGCAGCUGGAAUAAUGGCUGGCACCGCGACAAGGAAGGACGAGGAAGAGGAUAUGGACGCAGUGCACUAUCGCCUUGAGAUGUUGGGGUACAGAGUAGGACAGGGUCUUGUAGAGAGAUUCUCAAGAGACCGACCACGAUUCAACGACACACUCGACGUUAUCAAAUUCCUUUGCAAAGAUCUUUGGACGCUGGUGUUUGGCAAGAAUAUUGACAAUCUGAAGACAAAUCACAGAGGAGUUUACGUAUUGACCGACAACCUAUUUCGACCCUUCUCGCGCAUGAGCACAGAAGCUGGUGGCCAAGCAAUCGUUCGCGCACAACCGGUAUGGUCCCAGAAAGCCCAGAUCUCUUUAUAAUAUGUUAUUUUAUUGACUUGCUACACCUUGCAGUUCUUAUGGUUCCCAUGCGGUAUCGUACGGGGUGCAUUGGCUGCCCUUGGAAUCAACACCAGUGUCCAAGCUGAAAUCAACGAGUUGCCGGGUGCCGUGUUUCAGAUUAAAACCAUACCAAACAAGCCCUGAGGGGUUUGUCUGUCUAGCUAAAAUACCACGAUACCCUUCUACCAAGCUUGGGCGCACAGCACACCAAACAUCCAACCAACGAGUGCCAUGAACGCGCAAGAGCUAAAUUUCGCCAUGGUUUAGACCAAUCCUUGACCAAAACUCCAAUCAUACCUGCAGCAGUCCCCAAGAUUCAUCAAUAUCGGGGCUAUAAAGACAUCGACCGUAAAUCAUCGCCCGGAACAUUUCACAGCCUGCGCAAAGUCAUAUCAUCAGCAAUCGCGCUCAUGACUCAUAUUACUAUGUCUAGUGCCAUAGCUAUGGGCCUCCUCAGGAGUGUCCUUGCCUGCUCUGGAAGCUUCUUACUGGGUAUUAGGGAAGAUAUCAAAUUGGGGGUAUUCACUUUUGGGGAGGGUUGUGGACAAAGCUGACACCCUUGGAGAUGUUGCCCUUGAGGCCCUCGGUGGCCUUGGCCAGAAGAGCCUUCUCCUGCUCGGUGAUGCCCUCCAGAGGGUUAUUGGCCUUCUCGGCACCGUUGGGCUAUGUAAUAUUAGCACAUAUCCCAUCUAGAAACGAAACAAUCUGCCACUUACGCCCAGCUCAAUGGGAACAGAGAAGAAGUCGGUACCAGUCUCAUUGGCGAUGGCCUCGCCUCCAGGGAUACCACCAUUAGAGACCUUGGGAAGGUAGACGUAGCUAGGCUCAACGAGUCCCUUCUCACCCUUGACGGCACGGAGAACCUUCUCGGCAAAUCUGCAGUCAUGUCAGUUACUGGGUGGAGCAGUGUGAGAUGGUCAGGCAACCCACCGGAAACCAGCGUAAGCCAUUGACAGAGUGGCGCUGCCAGCACCAUCCUUGGCCUUGACGACCUCGUCACCGCCGAACUGGACGCGGUUCACGAGAGCAUCGUACUUGUCCUUAGGAAUAUCAACAGCAGGUGAGGCCUUGCUGAAAAGAGGGACGAUGGUCUCUCCAGAGUGACCACCAAUGACGGGGAUGGUCAGCUCUUGGGGGUUAGCCCGGCCAGUGAUCUCAGCAACGAAGGUCUCGGCACGGACGAUGUCGAGGGUGGUGACACCAAAGAGACGCUGGGGGUUGAAGACGCCCUUGGCCUUGAGGACCUCAGCAGCGAUAGGGACGGUAGAGUUGACGGGGUUGGAGAUGACGAGGAUGAAGGCCUUGGGGGCGACCUCGGCGGCAACCUCGAUGAGACCCUUCACAAUGCCAGCAUUGAUGUUGAAGAGAUCGUCACGAGUCAUACCAGGCUUGCCUGUGCGGGGGAUAUGGUCAGUAGAGUAAAAACUGGGGGAGGGGCUCCGGGGUCGGUCGGACACGCGGGGACCAACGCCGGAUGUCCGGGGUAGGAGCUUUACAUACGGGGAAUGCCAGCGGGGAUGACAAUAAUGUCGGCGUCCUUGAAAGCAGCCUUAGCGCCAUCGUUGGCGGGAAGGUAGCCAGUUGUCUUCUGCAGAGGGUGUGAGCAAAUAGUGUGUUUCGGUGGAAGGGAAUUAUGCAUGUUCGACUGGGGAAAAUCCGGGGUCGACUCACGGCGCGGGAGGAGAUGUGGGAGAGAUCGGUGGCAACGCCGGGGGUGUUGACGACAUCGUAAAGAGCAAGCUCGUCGAUAUGAGGGGAUGUCUUAAGGAGAAGAGAAAGAGGCUGUAUAUCGAUCAGCUGGUGUUAUUUCAAGAUUUGAGUGAGCAAGUUUCUACGUACCUGACCAAUGCCACCAGAGGCGCCAGCAACAACUAUAUACAAUGUCAAUUAUUGCUCUGAGAAGUGCUGAGAGACGACACCGAGGUGUGAAGAGCGC